AUGCGGCUCUUCCAAAGCUGCGCGAGGCAAACAGCUUCAGGCCAAAGAUGCUCCUCCAUACGCAGGCCGAAUCAAAGCUACCAAAUCCAGCCACAACUCGCACAAUUGGCCAGAUCUCGCCAUCACUCUACAUCAUCCGACCUCUCCUUCCAAGGCCAUGGAGUUACCCCAAGCCGCCUAGACUCCAAAGCACACCCGCUCGGAUGGCAAGCUAUCCAAGCCCAAGUCGAGCCCUACUUCAGGCAGAAUUGGAAGUUUCCUAGUGAGAAGGCGAAGCAGGAUUUCUUCGCGUUGGGAUUUUCGCAGGCCUUUAGUCAGUUUUUUCCACUUACGCUGAACGAACGGGUGGAGGGGACGUGUAAGAUGCAUUAUCUGACAUUGCUGAUUGAUGAUCAGUUGGAGAAGAUGAACUUGUCGGAUAUGUUGUUGUACCGCGAGCGAGUCAUACGUAUUGCGAACGGUGAAGAAUCACCGGAUCGUGAUGUAUGUAUUGAAUGGAUGUUGUCGGAUACUCUGCAGCUCAUGCGAGAUAUUGAUGAAGUUCUUGCGAACGACCUCGUCGAGGGGUUCUGCACGUUGCUGCGGGCGAUGACGACAGAGGAGCGCUUGUCAGUGGCUCAUUUAGGGCCCUACCUCGCAGCACGCGAAGUAGAUGUGGGAAGACCGUUCUACGCCGCGCUCAUCCGAUACGGCGCAAAACUUCAUCUCAGCCCAUCUGAACUUGCACAGACGGCUGCCCUAGAAAGCUGCGCAUUCCGAUUCAUGGGCAUAUUGAAUGACAUUUAUAGCUGGGACCGUGAGUGGAAAAUCUACCAGGAGGAUCCCACGGAUGGAGCUCAGCCGUUCUCGGCUGUUUACAUACUAGCCCAGGAGACGGGCUUAUCAUUCGCGGCCUGUAAGAGAUUGCUUCACUCGUACUGUCGGGAAUUGGAGAUUGUUCUCAAGCAGACUACCGAGGAGAUUGAACGGCAAAAUGUGGGCACGUUGAGACCCGAUAUGUCCAAGUAUAUCAAAGCCCUGGAAUAUUUGAUGACCGGGAUCGAACACUGGAGUCAGUGGACACCACGCUACAAAUGA